GUCACAGAAUAAUUUAUCUGAUGUUUGUUUAGCUUUGCGGAGAAGAAGGCAAUCGGACGUUCGUUCUUUUCCUCGUCGUAUUGGAACAGGACUGCUCCAACUCCAUAGUGCGACGCGUCGCACUGGACAACGAACGGCCUUCUAAAAUCGGCGUGAACCAAGACAGGAGCCGAGGUAAGUGCCGUCUUUAGAGCCUGUAUCGCGUCCUUGGCCUCGUCGUUCAGCACUAAUCGGGUGUUCUUUCCUUUUUUCAGUGCGUCGGUGAGCGGGGCCGCCAUGGUCGCGAAGUCCUUGAUGAACCGGCGGUACCAUCCCGCUGUUCCCAGGAAGCUUCAUAACUCCUUCACCGAUUUCGGCUCCGGAAUCUUUUGGAUUGCGACGAUCCUGUCCCCAUCCAUCCGAAGUGUCCCUCCACCGAUUAUGAACCCGAGGCAUUCCGCUACCAACCGGAGAUACUUUAGAUGGGUCUCGAAGUCUGGAGCGAUGAUUAGCAGGUCGUCCAGGUUCCACUCCUCGAUUACAGACUCUUUACCGGCUUUGCCAUCCAGCCACGGAUUUGUUGCGUCGCACAAUUCCUCCACGUUCGCCUUCGGUUUCGUUGCUGGUAUCUCUCCGAGGAUAGCCGGUGCCAACGCGAAUUUCCUCCAGAAAUCGAUCCCAAGGUAUAGCUCUUGCUCCAGGUACGGGCAUACGUAA